CGUUCCCUCCACCCCAGCCUACCCCCGGGCCCCACGGCCGAGGCGGCGCUGGGAGCAGAGUCCGGCGGCCGCGUGCGGGCUGCGCGUGCUCCUUCCCCUCCGCCUCUGCCGCCCACCCCCGGUGCGCCCCGCCGCCUGCGCCCCCAGUUCUAGCACAGAUGGGACGAAUGCAUGGUGGAAACAAAAAUCGGGACAGAGGUGACCUUUGGACGGGGGAGAUGGAGAUUGACCAGAGAGGGGCACAAGAGCUUUGUGGAGGGACGGGAAUAUCCGUGGUUGGAGGCUGCGUCAUGCAGGAUGUGGUCCAGCCUCAGCGAAUGGUUUUGGCAGGAGAGGCUGUGGCUGCCACCCAACAACUCGUGGGCUGCCCUGGAAGACCGGGAUGGCCUGGUCUACGCCCACCCCCGGGAUAUGCUGGCAGCCCUGCCCCUGGCGCUGGCCCUGGUGGUCAUGCGCUUCGUCUUCGAGAGAUUUGUUGGCAUGCCCCUGAGCCGGUUGCUAGGUGUGCGCCAUCAUGCCAGGAGGCUGGCGAAGCCCAAUGCCACUCUGGAGAAGUACUUCGUCACAGAAGGGUGGAAGCCCAAGGAGCCCCAGAUGGCCCUCCUGGCGGCCCAGUGUGGCCUCACACUGCAGCAGACCCAGCGCUGGUUCCGGAGGCGCCGGAACCAGGACCGGCCCUGCCUGACCAAGAAGUUCUGCGAGGCCAGCUGGAGGUUUGCUUUCUACCUGUGCUCCUUCUUUGGUGGCUUGUCCAUCCUCUACCACGAGUCAUGGCUGUGGACACCGGCAAUGUGCUGGGACAGUUACCCAAAUCAGCCCCUGAAACCGGCCCUGUAUUAUUGGUAUCUCCUGGAGCUGAGUUUCUACGUCUCACUGCUGAUCACUCUGCCUUUUGAUGUCAAGCGUAAGGAUUUCAAGGAGCAGGUGGCACACCACUUCGUGACCAUCAUCCUGAUCGUGUUCUCCUACAGCGCGAACCUGCUGCGCAUCGGGUCCCUGGUGCUGCUGCUGCAUGACGCCUCCGACUACCUCCUGGAGGCCGGUAAGAUGUUCAAUUACACAAACAGGCGGAAAGUGUGCGACGCCCUCUUCAUCAUCUUCUCCUUGGUCUUCUUCUAUACUCGCCUCGUGCUCUUCCCUACGCAGAUCCUCUAUACCACGUACUACGAGUCCAUUGCCGAGUGGAGCCCCUUCUUUGGCUACUACUUCUUCAACGUCCUCCUGAUGGUGCUGCAGCUGCUGCACGUGUUCUGGUCUUGCCUCAUCCUCCGCAUGCUCUACAGCUUCCUGAAGAAGGGCCGGAUGGAGAAGGACGUCCGCAGCGACGUGGAGGAGUCCGAUUCGAGCGAGGGGGAGGCGGUCCAGGAGCACCUGCCGCUGAAGAACGGCGCCGCUCACAGGGCCGGGGCAGCCCCCACGGACGGCCCUCGGAGCCGGCUGGCCGGGCGGCUGGCCAACGGGCACACGCCGGCCACGUAGCCAGCCGAGGACUGGCCUCGAGGGCCGGCCCCCAGUGCCCCGUGGCUGGGAUGUGUGGGGCUGGGAUGUGUGGGGCGGCUGGACCGGUGGCCCUGGGGCCAGCUCUGGAGACAGGGACGGCCCUCCCCCGGGGGAGGCGGGGCAAGGGCUAAUGAUCUCUCUCCAGCCCCUUCCUUCUGCCCGCCCUUCCCUUCUCCCUUCCCUUCCCUUGGGCAGCUGGACAGAGCUGGGGAGGGCGCUCAGCAGGCCUCCGGUUCAGCCUGCCAGAGCCAGCUCCAGGCCAGAAGGAGUCCAAUAAAAGGAACGGAGCCAAA